AUGACGAGUAUGAGAAGCAGCAACAAAUCUCUUAUUGAUUUUGGUUCAAAACCCAAUUUCCCUUCUAAUCAAUCCACUUUUACGCCGCCGCCGCAGCACUGGAAUUUACUACAAAAGGCCGCCGCCACCACUCUAAACGCCUUUGAGGCCGCGUUACUAGAUCGCGACCGCAGCAAACCACUUCCAAAAACAGCCGACCCAGCAGUCCAAAUCGCAGGCAACUUUUCACCCGUCAAUGAAAGCCCUGUUCAUCAUUUCCUACCCGUUACCACCGGGAAAAUACCCGAUUGUAUUAAAGGAGGUGUCUAUGUUCGUAACGGUGCAAACCCGCUACACGACCCGGUUGCAGGUCAUCAUUUCUUCGAUGGUGACGGUAUGGUCCACGCUGUCUCAAUCGACGCUACCAAUAAUUCCGUUAGUUACGCAUGCCGGUUCACGGAGACGAACCGGUUAGUCCACGAGAAAAUGAUCGGUCGACCCGUCUUUCCUAAAGCAAUCGGAGAGCUCCACGGACACUCGGGCAUUGCCCGACUUCUCCUCUUUUUUGCCCGUGGUGUUUUCGGGCUUGUUAAUGGGACUAAGGGUAUUGGCGUAGCGAACGCGGGUCUGGUCUAUUUCAACGGCCGCCUUCUUGCUAUGUCGGAAGAUGACCUACCGUAUCAUGUCAGGAUAACCCAAUCGGGUGAUAUCGAGACAGUGGGUCGAUUCAAUUUUGACGGUCAACACCAAUCAUCUAUGAUUGCCCACCCGAAAGUCGACCCGGAAACCCGAGAAUUAUUCUCCCUUAGCUACGACGUUGUAAAGAAACCAUACCUAAAAUACUUUAAAUUCUCACCGACGGGAGAGAAAUCACCGGAGGUCGAGAUUAAACUGGAGUCGCCGACGAUGAUCCACGACUUCGCCAUCACUGAAAACUUCGUGGUAAUCCCGGAUCACCAAGUUGUGUUCAAGCUCCAGGAAAUGAUCCGGGGUGGGUCACCCGUAAUAUACGACAAGAAGAAAAUGUCAAGAUUCGGUAUUCUACCGAAGAAUUCCGGGUCAGAUAUAAUAUGGGUCGAUUCGCCGGAAACAUUCUGUUUCCAUUUAUGGAACGCGUGGGAAGAACCGAAAAGCGAUGAAAUCGUGGUGAUAGGGUCUUGCAUGACUCCAGCAGACUCCAUUUUCAACGAAUGUGACGAGAGUUUAAAGAGUGUAUUAUCCGAAAUCCGGAUAAACAUUAAGACCCGUAAAUCGACAAGACGCCCGAUUGUUGAAUCCGAUGAGCAUAUGAAUUUGGAGGCCGGAAUGGUGAAUCGGAAUAGGUUGGGCCGUAAGACGAGAUUCGCUUACUUGGCGAUCGUUGAACCAUGGCCGAAGGUGUCGGGUUUUGCGAAGGUGGACCUGGUAACGGGUGAGGUUAAGAGAUUUAUGUAUGGAGAACAGAGAUACGGCGGCGAACCGUAUUUUGUGGCGGCGGGUGGAUGUGAUUCGGAGGAAGAUGAAGGGUAUGUUAUGGGUUUUGUGCACGAUGAGAAGAAAGGGGAAUCGGAAUAUGUGAUCGUGAACGCGAGUUCUUUGAAGGUUGAGGCUAGCGUUAAGCUUCCGUCGAGAGUGCCGUACGGGUUUCAUGGGACUUUCAUAAGCGGGGAAGAAUUGGCAAAGCAAAUGUAG